GUAAAAUUCGCCUUUUUCUGAAAUUCUGUUAACUUUCAUUUGUUUUUGUUUUCGUUAAUUACUCUGUAGGUAGAUUGAACUGAAACUAUAAGCUGCAGUUAUGCGUAUGGAUGACAAAAAAGCUGAGCUGCCAUUUGGUUGGAUUGUGAAGCAGUCAAAAACAUAUCCAGACAGGGUUUAUUAUUUCAAUGUAAACUCCGGGGCAAGUUCUUGGGAAUUUCCAGAUCUUCUUCAGCAUUAUGUGAGUGGGAAUGCAAACACGACGGCUGCUCCAGUUUUAACAGCAACGUCACUCGUAGUUGAUGCUGUGUCACCAGAGAAAUUUCCCGUUUCUACAACAUCUCCGCAACAAACCUCACAGUCGCCCGACACACACAAUCAGUUCAAAUCUAGUCUUAAUAAACACCAUGAUACCAGUGCUUGUAAUACACGUGAUAGUUAUAAAAAAAGCUCGUCUGAAAGAGAAACUCGUAACAUUGCUUUAGAAUGUCCUGGUAGAAAUUCAUUGAAACCACAUACUUUAUCUCAACUUAAGUGUCGAAGAAGCACACAAGCGGGCGAUGAUGGUAAAAUGUCGAAGUUGAAAAGAGGUGUACUUGACGAUAAGUUUUCAGGCCAGGCCAAAAGUCAACACCAGUCCUGUUCUGAUAAUAAGUUUUCAGGCCAGGCCAAAAGCCAAUAUCAGCGCAGUCCUGAUAAAAAGUUUUCAGGCCAGGCCAAAAGCCAAUAUGAGCGUAGUCCUGAUAAAAAGUUUUCAGGCCAGGCCAAAACUCAAUUUCAGCCCUGUCUUGAUAAUAAGUUUUCAGGCAAGGCAAAAAGUCAAUAUCAGCGUAGUCCAGAUAAAAAGUUUUCAGGCCAGUCAAAAAGCCAAUGUCAGUACAGUCCAGAUAAAAAGUUUUCAGGCCAGGUGAAAAGCCAGUAUCAGCCUUACAGUGUGAAAAAAGUUUGUCAAUAUGCAGGAACAGGUAUAAAGACUGUAACUUCUGUACAGAAAGAUUUGCACAAUGAUAAAAAAGAAGAUUCUGCUCAUGUUAGUCAAAGUUACCAUCAUUAUAAAAAACCUGAUUGUUCAUUAGGCAACUGUUUACAGCAAAAAGUUAAAAGUAAUCCGCAAACAUCCUCAAAAUCGCAACAACCGGUGACAUUUAAAUCAUAUAAGCCUUCAUAUACAAAACAAAAUGUGGCUAAAGAUGUGUCAUACCUUGAUAACAAAAAAUUGUCCCCAAUUAAGUAUCCGAAGAAAAGUGCCGGAAUUGCCAAAGUCAUCUGUUCUACAAACAAAAGCUGCGCGCAGAAAAAUGAGGAAUAUUCAAAAUCUGCGGGUAAAGACUUGAGGACUAUCUUAAAUGUAGGGAAACGUGGUCAUGAAAAUACGAAAGACAUGAAUUCAAGCAGAAACUUGACAGAUGAUAUACAGGCAGUCAAGAGGCGGAAGACCGGCACCGAAAUUCAGUGCCCGAAUUUCGAUAAACGGGAAGAAAUAAUAGACCUUUCAGACGAUCCUCAAUCAAAGAUAAAGAAAAAAAUAAACAGCCAGGUAAAUAAGGAAGAAUGUUCACUAGACACAUAUUUAUAUGUAGGUGAAGACAAACGUAGAGUUGUCAGAUCUUGUCAUUCACGCGAUAGCGUUAGUUCAUUAGUUAAAAAGACACACGCAACUAACACAGAGACAUUAGGUAAAACAGAACCAGUUACUAACACAAACACUGCUCAAUGCAUUCGUAAAUUAACUCCAUCAACUCGUGACUCAAAUGUAAGUAGAAGUGCACCAGUUCAGCAUGUUGGCGAGGAACGUGUGCCCAAGCUGCCGGAAGAGGGUUCAGAUUUUGAUCGUAACAAUAAUGCCGAGUAUAAAUUGUUUAUUGGGGAUAAAGACAAACUGUUGAGUAUUCAGGCUUGGAUCAAUAAUCUACAGGAUCGAGCAGGAUCCGAGAGUCCGUCAGUUGAUUCUUAUUCACAGGUUAGUUUAGGUCAAGUGAAUGAUUCUGUUGAUAGUGGCUAUGUAACAAACACUACAAGCAAGACUUGCUCCCCUCCUGAAAAAGGCUGGGCAGCAGACGUCAAGGAUGCAGAUGUCGUGUCAAGGCCUGUAGUCAGUAUGGAGGUGGACGAGUGCUUGGUUGAUGAGAAAUUACAUGGUGAGGGGGUAUGGAAGUUGGCUGAGAGAGAAGGCGGGGCUGGAGAAGGCGGGGCAGUUCCAAUAGGAGUAGGCGGAGACUUACCAGUGGAUGAAGGUGUGGCAUUACCCAUUGAAGAGAAUGAGGAGGAAAUGAUGGAUAUAGACGAGGUUCUGGUUGAGGUUAGACAGCAAGUGAGCGGGUCUGGUAAACAAAAUGCUAGCAGCUUCGUUGAUUAUACGGACAAAUUUACACCUAUGAAAGCAACAAGCAAGAUCAUUACAGUGGUUGUGGAUACCAAUGUUCUCAUCUCAAACCUGGGUCUGUUUGAGACUCUCAAAGAUUAUCAGCUUCAAGAUUAG